UGGUAUAUAUAAGGUGGUAAUAAACCAUCGACAUCAAACUCAGUCAUGAGGUUCUUCGCACUCUUAGCCCUCGUGGCGUUUGCGUCCGUUUCUGGUUACCCAUCUCCAACCGGUGAUGUGGUCGUCGGGACGGUGAAGACUUCGUCUCCCGUCAUCACAGAGACUUCUGAGUCAUAUUUCAGUAGCAGCUCAAGCUCGGAGUCAGCUUCCGAGUCUGAGUCAUACUCUGAAGGUAACCUGGAAUACAACUCAAGUUCCGAUGGGGUUGUGAGCAGUUUAUCCAGCUCGAAAUCAGCUUCAGCCAGCCAGAGCUCUUCAGAGCAGUCUCAACAAGUCUCAUCUAGCUCCAAAAAUGGAUAUGAAAUCUCCGAAUCAAGCAGCAGUGCUGCAAGCCAAUCAGAAGCGAGUGCUAGCUCGCAAAACCAGUUACAGUCGAAGAACGGAUCAAAGAGCGAAUCAGAAAGUCAGUCGUCCUCAAGCUCGCAAUCUGAAUCUAAGAGUGAGGAAGAACGCAGUCGCAACGAAUCCUAUUCAAAGAACGACGAAGACAGCAAUGCGGCUAGCAGCGGAACACACAGUGGAUCUAGCAGCGGAGCACACAGUGGAUCUAGCAGCGGAGCACACAGCGGAUCUAGCAGCGGAGCACACAGUGGAUCUAGCAGCGGAGCACACAGCGGAUCUAGCAGCGGAGCACACAGCGGAUCUAGCAGCGGAGCACACAGUGGAUCUAGCAGCGGAGCACACAGUGGAUCUAGCAGCGGAGCACACAGUGGAUCUAGCAGCGGAGCACACAGCGGAUCUAGCAGCGGAGCACACAGCGGAUCUAGCAGCGGAGCACACAGUGGAUCUAGCAGCGGAGCACACAGUGGAUCUAGCAGCGGAGCACACAGUGGAUCUAGCAGCGGAGCACACAGUGGAUCUAGCAGCGGAGCACACAGCGGAUCUAGCAGCGGAGCACACAGUGGAUCUAGCAGCGGAGCACACAGUGGGUCUAGCAGCGGAGCACACAGUGGAUCUAGCAGCGGAGCACACAGUGGAUCUAGCAGCGGAGCACACAGUGGAUCUAGCAGCGGAGCACACAGUGGGUCUAGCAGCGGAGCACACAGUGGAUCUAGCAGCGGAGCACACAGUGGAUCUAGCAGCGGAGCACACAGUGGAUCUAGCAGCGGAGCACACAGUGGAUCUAGCAGCGGAGCACACAGCGGAUCUAGCAGCGGAGCACACAGUGGGUCUAGCAGCGGAGCACACAGUGGGUCUAGCAGCGGAGCACACAGUGGAUCUAGCAGCGGAGCACACAGUGGAUCUAGCAGCGGAGCACACAGUGGAUCUAGCAGCGGAGCACACAGUGGGUCUAGCAGCGGAGCACACAGUGGAUCUAGCAGCGGAGCACACAGUGGGUCUAGCAGCGGAGCACACAGUGGGUCUAGCAGCGGAGCACACAGUGGGUCUAGCAGCGGAGCACACAGUGGAUCUAGCAGCGGAGCACACAGUGGAUCUAGCAGCGGAGCACACAGUGGGUCUAGCAGCGGAGCACACAGCGGAUCUAGCAGCGGAGCACACAGUGGAUCUAGCAGCGGAGCACACAGUGGAUCUAGCAGCGGAGCACACAGUGGGUCUAGCAGCGGAGCACACAGUGGAUCUAGCAGCGGAGCACACAGUGGGUCUAGCAGCGGAGCACACAGUGGAUCUAGCAGCGGAGCACACAGUGGAUCUAGCAGCGGAGCACACAGUGGGUCUAGCAGCGGAGCACACAGCGGAUCUAGCAGCGGAGCACACAGUGGAUCUAGCAGCGGAGCACACAGUGGAUCUAGCAGCGGAGCACACAGUGGGUCUAGCAGCGGAGCACACAGUGGAUCUAGCAGCGGAGCACACAGUGGAUCUAGCAGCGGAGCACACAGUGGAUCCAGCAGUGGUUCCCACAGUGGUUCAAGUAGUGGAUCUGGAAAGGACUGUCAUGAAGGAAAACCAGGAAAACCAUACCACCCAGGCAAACCAGGAAAGCCACACCAUCUAGGAAAACCAGGCAAGCCAUCUGGUGAAUCUAACAGUGGAUCUAGCAGCGGAUCUAACAGCGGCUCAAGCAGUGGAUCUAGCAGUGGAUCUAAUAGUGGAUCUAGCAGCGGAUCUAACAGCGGCUCAAGCAGUGGAUCUAGCAGUGGAUCUAACAGUGGAUCUAGCAGCGGAUCUAGCAGCGGCUCAAGCAGUGGAUCUAACAGUGGAUCUAGCAGCGGAUCUAACAGCGGCUCAAGCAGUGGAUCUAGCAGUGGAUCUAACAGUGGAUCUAGCAGCGGAUCUAGCAGCGGAUCUAGCAGCGGCUCAAGCAGUGGAUCUAACAGUGGCUCAAGCAGUGGAUCUAACAGUGGAUCUAACAGUGGCUCAAGCAGUGGAUCUAACAGUGGAUCUAACAGUGGCUCAAGCAGUGGAUCUAGCAGUGGAUCUAACAGUGGAUCUAGCAGCGGAUCUAACAGCGGCUCAAGCAGUGGAUCUAGCAGUGGAUCUAACAGUGGAUCUAGCAGCGGAUCUAACAGCGGAUCUAGCAGCGGAUCUAGCAGCGGAUCUAACAGCGGCUCAAGCAGUGGAUCUAGCAGUGGAUCUAACAGUGGAUCUAGCAGCGGAUCUAACAGCGGCUCAAGCAGUGGAUCUAACAGUGGAUCUAGCAGCGGAUCUAACAGCGGCUCAAGCAGUGGAUCUAGCAGUGGAUCUAACAGUGGAUCUAGCAGCGGAUCUAGCAGCGGCUCAAGCAGUGGAUCUAACAGUGGCUCAAGCAGUGGAUCUAACAGUGGAUCUAACAGUGGCUCAAGCAGUGGAUCUAACAGUGGAUCUAACAGUGGCUCAAGCAGUGGAUCUAGCAGUGGAUCUAGCAGUGGAUCUAACAGUGGCUCAAGCAGUGGAUCUAACAGCGGCUCAAGCAGUGGAUCUAACAGUGGAUCUAGCAGCGGAUCUAACAGCGGCUCAAGCAGUGGAUCUAACAGUGGCUCAAGCAGUGGAUCUAACAGUGGAUCUAGCAGUGGAUCUAACAGUGGCUCAAGCAGUGGAUCUAACAGCGGCUCAAGCAGUGGAUCUAACAGUGGAUCUAACAGUGGCUCAAGCAGUGGAUCUAGCAGCGGAUCUAACAGCGGAUCUAGCAGCGGAUCUAACAGCGGCUCAAGCAGUGGAUCUAGCAGUGGAUCUAACAGUGGAUCUAGCAGCGGAUCUAACAGCGGCUCAAGCAGUGGAUCUAACAGCGGCUCAAGCAGUGGAUCUAACAGUGGAUCUAGCAGCGGAUCUAACAGCGGCUCAAGCAGUGGAUCUAACAGUGGAUCUAGCAGCGGAUCUAACAGCGGCUCAAGCAGUGGAUCUAACAGUGGAUCUAGCAGCGGAUCUAGCAGUGGAUCUAACAGUGGCUCAAGCAGUGGAUCUAACAGUGGAUCUAGCAGCGGAUCUAACAGCGGCUCAAGCAGUGGAUCUAACAGUGGAUCUAGCAGCGGAUCUAACAGCGGCUCAAGCAGUGGAUCUAACAGUGGAUCUAUCAGCGGAUCUAACAGCGGCUCAAGCAGUGGAUCUAACAGUGGAUCUAACAGCGGAUCUAACAGUGGCUCAAGCAGUGGAUCUAACAGUGGCUCAAGCAGUGGAUCUAGCAGUGGAUCUAACAGCGGCUCAAGCAGUGGAUCUUACAGUGGCUCAAGCAGUGGAUCUAGCAGUGGAUCUAACAGCGGCUCAAGCAGUGGAUCUAACAGUGGAUCUAGCAGCGGAUCUAACAGCGGCUCAAGCAGUGGAUCUAACAGUGGCUCAAGCAGCGGAUCUAACAGCGGCUCAAGCAGUGGAUCAAGCAGUGGAUCAAGCAGUGGAUCAAGCAGUGGAUCUAGCAGUGGAUCUAACAGUGGAUCUAGCAGCGGAUCUAGCAGCGGAUCUAACAGCGGCUCAAGCAGUGGAUCUAGCAGUGGAUCUAACAGCGGAUCUAGUAGCGGAUCUAGCAGCGGAUCUAACAGUGGAUCUAACAGUGAAUCUAACAGUGGAUCUAGCAGUGGAUCUAACAGCGGAUCUAGUAGCGGAUCUAACAGUGGAUCUAGCAGCGGAUCUAACAGCGGCUCAAGCAGUGGAUCUAACAGUGGAUCUAUCAGCGGAUCUAACAGCGGCUCAAGCAGUGGAUCUAACAGUGGAUCUAACAGCGGAUCUAACAGUGGCUCAAGCAGUGGAUCUAACAGUGGCUCAAGCAGUGGAUCUAGCAGUGGAUCUAACAGCGGCUCAAGCAGUGGAUCUUACAGUGGCUCAAGCAGUGGAUCUAGCAGUGGAUCUAACAGCGGCUCAAGCAGUGGAUCUAACAGUGGAUCUAGCAGCGGAUCUAACAGCGGCUCAAGCAGUGGAUCUAACAGUGGCUCAAGCAGCGGAUCUAACAGCGGCUCAAGCAGUGGAUCAAGCAGUGGAUCAAGCAGUGGAUCAAGCAGUGGAUCUAACAGUGGAUCUAGCAGCGGAUCUAGCAGCGGAUCUAACAGCGGCUCAAGCAGUGGAUCUAGCAGUGGAUCUAACAGCGGAUCUAGUAGCGGAUCUAGCAGCGGAUCUAACAGUGGAUCAAACAGUGAAUCUAACAGUGGAUCUAGCAGUGGAUCUAACAGCGGAUCUAGUAGCGGAUCUAACAGUGGAUCUAGCAGUGGCUCAAGCAGUGGAUCUAGUAGUCAAAAAUCUGAAAGCUCUCAGUCUUCUAACAAAUCAAGUGAAAGUCAAUCCAGCCGAAUAUUCAGCCAGUCAGCAAGUCAGUCAUAUAGCACUGAAUCUAACGAAUUAGCCUACCAAUCUAUUGAAUCAUCCAAUGCAUCUAGCGCAGGAACUUCAUAUUCUUCACAGUCAAGCAGCUCAUACUCGAGUGAGUCAGCCUCAUCGGAAUCUUCUUCAUCGUCUUCCUCAUAUUCAUCGUCAUUCGACGACAGCGAUUAGGUAGAUGACGGGAUUUAUGUGUUAGACAUUAUUUGCACGAAUUUCUCGAUGAAAUCUGAGAUGAAAUGGUAUUUUUGGGAUUUCUUUUGGUUGGAAUAUGUUUGUACAAAUAAAGUGUGUAAAAUUA